AGUAAAUAGAGCCCAACUGGAAAUCAGAAGAUGCACUUGCAACCGCAAAGCACAAUGGAUCAAUUCAACACCAUAUUCGUGCAUAUCCCCAGCUGCCGCAUCGUUGUUUGCAAAGAAUGCGGCAUAGGCGUCGUCAAGGCCCAUGUAGCUACCCACUUGAACAGCAAGCAUGCGUAUAUAACCGUAAGCACACAAACAGACAUUGCCCAGGCUGUGUGGGCAAUGAACGACUUAGCAGAAAACGAGGACGAAGUCGUGUAUCCAGAGCCAGGAUCCGAUCCCAUUCCCCAUUUGAGGAUAUGGCAGGACGGUUUCAAGUGCGAAGCAAAGGAGAAUAAUACAACAGUAUGCGGCUACAUCCGCCAGACCGUGCAAGACAUGCAGCUACAUUGCCGUAACCAACACAACUGGACGAACCCACAGAAGAGAGGGCAGACGUCCAAAGGGUCGCGCAGAGAGACCAACCGCAUGUGGGUAGAGGGCGUACAUUGCCAAAAGUUUACGCACGCAGGACGGUUAGGGCGCUUGUUUAAAGUCAGACGCCAGGACAGAGAGGACACAAGAGGGGAAAGCGUGAUCAUCCAGCGGCAGUUGGAGGCAGUGUUCCAAGAGACCACCGCCGUGCUAGACGAGGUCGACAAGAACGCCAACGCCCGGAUCGACCCAGACCACAACCGGCAUGUCACACACGCAUGGCUGAACCGGACCGGUUGGGCCCGUCAUUUAGGCAGCUUAGACCGCGAAUGGUUGCUAGAGUUAACCCAAAAACCCAAGAGGAACGAGAAGGCGUUGAGCAAAGUUUGUUAGGCAGUAAAGAUGGUGAUUUGGAAGGCCCAGCAGGCGUCACGUCCGAGCAUUGUCGGUUUCCCAGCAAUGAACUAUGUCAACCGCCGCGAGAUAGGAAGCGAGACCAACGAGAAGCCGUUCAAUGCACGCCAGACGGGCAAAACGAUGACCAAGUAUGCCGGUUGGUGGUUGUCCUUCAUCCGUUACAUUUGGCGGACCCAUGAGUUGGAGACUGUUGAAGCACAGGAAACAGAGGCGGAUGAGGAAGAGGAUAGGGGUGAGGGAGAGAACAGGGGUGAGGGAGAGAACGGGGAGGGUGGAUCGAAGGGAGUUCGGGGACAGAGGCCGCCGUAUCGA